CUGUUAAUACAGGCAGCAGUGUGAGGUGUUACACUUCAGUACAUGACUCUAAGCUAGCCUUCUGUACACGCCAAACACUUAGAAAUACAGGAAGUGGAGGUUUAGGGGAUUAUAUUGCUGGUCCGGUUUCUUUUAGUUGGUAUUUUUGGAGUAGAAAACCACAGUGCUCGGAUAAAGGCGACGCAGCUUGGAGGCUUAUUCUCCUACUGAAUGUCAUCCUGCUCUCCGGUACAUGUGCGGUAAUAACAUGUCCGCGCCGCUUCCUGCCAUAGUGCCGGCCGCCCGCAAAGCUACAGCGGCGGUAAUCUUCCUCCACGGCCUAGGAGAUACAGGGCAUGGCUGGGCUGAAGCUAUGGCUGGGAUCAGGACCCCUUAUGUCAAGUACAUUUGCCCCCAUGCACCAGUCAUGCCAGUUACCCUGAACAUGAACAUGGCAAUGCCUUCCUGGUUUGAUAUCAUUGGGUUGGGUCCAGAUGCAGAGGAGGAUGAGAGUGGGAUAAAAAAAGCUGCAGAAAGCAUCAAUGCUUUGAUUGAUCAGGAGGUAAAGAAUGGAAUUCCGUCUCAUCGCAUUGUGCUGGGUGGCUUUUCUCAGGGUGGUGCACUAUCACUUUAUACAGCUCUAAAAACUCAUCAGAAACUCGCAGGCGUUGUUGCUCUGAGCUGCUGGCUGCCUCUCAGGAACUCUCUCUCAAAGUCACUGAUUGGCACUAAUAAGGAAAUACCAGUGCUGCAGUGUCAUGGUGAGGCAGAUCCUCUGGUUCCAUUGAUCUUUGGGUGUCUUACGGUGGAGAAACUCAAGACCAUGCUGAAUCCUAACAACAUCGCCUUCAAAACAUAUCCCGGGAUGCCCCACAGCGCCUGCCCAGAGAAUCUGCUGAGACCAGAAGAUCCCGAACCAGCAGAUCCCGAAGGGGCGCGUGACGUCACACGUAACAAUCCAGGAAAUGAUGGAUAUAAAACAUUUCAUUGAGAAGCAGCUGCCUCCGAUCGACUAAGCAAUAACGCCUUAAUGAUCCUUUGUACUGAUCAGUGGGCACAAGCUCUCUCUCCAGCUCUCAUCACAUGACUGAACUGAUAACAAAACAACCAAAUCCAAAUCCUGGACUAAUCCUGAUAUCAGACUUGGUGCUAAGUUUAACUGGAACCACACUGCAGUGGUUCUUAACCCUUGUUCUGGUAUACUCCAAGCCUGCAUAUUUUAUUUAUUGUUUGUUUUUUCCUUGCUUUAACACAUGAUCUAAUUAAUCAAUCAAUUAACCAGCCCUUCCUGAUUUGAUGUGUGUUUGUAAAAGAAGGGAAAACACCAAAAUCUACAGUGCAUGAGUAAUCUAAGAACAGGGUUGUAAAAAAAUUUUUGCACCACUAGGUUUUAAAUAAGCUCAGAGUCACAGACACAGCUAGGAAGAAAAAUGUUGCCAUAGUAACCUUUGACCUUGUGACCUUUUUCUUAGACUGAGCUUUAGUUAUUUGGGGACACGUCACCGAUCAGAAACACAGUUUUUUAAAAAUUGUCUAUAGGAGUCUUAUAACUUUUGAAAUAGCUAAUGAAAUAAGCCAUGUCGUUAUCGAAGAGAGUUUGGUUGACAAUAAAGGGUUUCUGAUGACAAAAUGAUGCAUAAUAAAAAAAAACAUAAAUUA